UCUCCCUGCGUCUCUGUUUAAAGGUUUCUGGUAUGUUUUUGUUAGUUUUUCCAGUUUAGGUUAUCUUAGUGUAGCCAGGUGGAAGGUCAGUAUUAUGGGACAUGCCACUGGAUGGCGCUGUUUCUUUUGGGGUACCUCUGAGAGCGCAAGAGAUGAUGAUGGGGAUCUACAGAGACAUUCACGGAAGUGCUAGCUUGCAUUGGUGUAAUGUGGGUGUGCAAUGCCCACAAUGUAAUCACGACGGUUUUUCGCUGCGUGAUCUGUUUGAAACGCAAAGUGUGGAACAGUUAAAGCACCAGAAGUGUCUGCAACCGACUUCAACCAUUCAUCUCAGAGGGAUCUGUAUUCCGUUUUUCUACUGGAUUAAUGCACUUAUGCGUUGGGUGGAUGAGACAGGAAGUGUGCUGUGGGACAGAGAUGUGAAGAACACUGGACACACGUGUGUUUCUCUUCUGACUGUGAAGCUUCAGAGUGGCAACAAGAAAAGAUACACCUGCCAGUUUGAAGAUAACAAUACUGUGAAGAUAGAAGCUCACUACACACCUGUCCUCAUAGGUACCCCAGAUCGGUCUCCUCUGAACUACAUCACGUGGGCUCUUUGCUUUGUAGGACUCACAGUGAUGAUUGUAAUCACGGUUCUUGUGAUCAGACACAAAGGAAGGAAAAACCAACCUGAAGACACGAAUGUACAUUAUGUUGGUGACCGUGAUGAUGACACAGUGAACUAUGAAAAUUGGGGGUCAGUGAAACCAAACACGUCUUGUAUCUAACACCUGGAAAUGAUGUCAUUAUGCCCUGUGACAAUGUGCCUGAUACAUGCUCCAUGGUUAUCUGGGCUUACAGCAAACAUGAGUCUCAGACAAUAAAUAUGGUUCAUAAUGGAAUUGUUGAGAAGAACUCAGCUCAAGCUGACAGACUGAGUCUGCACAGUAACUGUUCACUGAGUAUUAACAACAUCACUGCAGAGGAUGCCGGUCAAUACUUCUGUCGGCCUGAGGGGAACGCUGAUCAGGACACAACUGUGGACCUAAAUAUUUUGACCAUUUCAGCAUUUCCAUCAGACACUGAUCCAAAGGACGAUGGAAACGUCACGUUAGAGUGCUCUCUGUUUAGAUACUAUCCCUCUCCUUGUAAAGAAAACAGUAUGCGUUGGGUGGAUGAGACAGGAAGUGUGCUGUGGGACAGAGAUGUCAAGAACACUGGACACACGUGUGUUUCUCUUCUGACUGUGAAGCUUCAGAGUGGCAACAAGAAAAGAUACACCUGCCAGUUUGAAGAUAACAAUACUGUGAAGAUAGAAGCUCACUACACACCUGUCCUCAUAGAUUCCACCCCAAACAAGGCUUUCAUCAUCAUUGGUGCUGUGAUGCUGGUGCUGGUGGUUGCCGUCAUCGCUGCUGUUUUCAUCAAAUACAGGAGGCGUGCUAAAGUGACAGAGGACAUUCAAAAACCCACCCAACCCAAACAUAAUGAGGAAAUACUUCAAGGAGUCUUGGGCCAGCUGAUCUCGGAUGAGCCAGAGAGCAGCAUCACCUAUGCUACUAUUGACCACACUGAUCAAAAUGCCUCACUGAGGAAAACUGUUAAAAAGGAGGAAGCGGUGACUUAUUCUGCAGUGAAGACAAAGGUAGAAAGUGACCCCAGCGGCUUCUACAGUAUCAUCAACACGGAUGUGAAGAAAUCCAAACUCAUGACAGAAUGGGUGGCGGAAUGGUGCAGAAUGGCUCUUUGGAAAUUAUUUCUGGUUUUUGUGCUUCGGUUUGAAGCAGGAAUCAGUGGUGAACCAUACUUUCUCUAUCACAGACCAGGAAAUUAUGUCAUUUUGCCCUGUGACAAGGCGCCUGAUACGUGCUCCAUGGUUACCUGGUUUUACAACAGAGAGCCAUCUCAGACAACACAGGUGGUUUAUCAUGGAGAUGUUAAGAACUCAACCCAAGCUGCCAGACUAAGUCUUCACAGUGACUGCUCUCUGUGCAUCAACAACAUCACUACUGAGGAUGCUGGUGUUUACAACUGUCGGCCUGAGGGGACCACUGGCCAGGACACAACUGUCUAUCUAAAUAUUUUGACUAUUUCAGCAUCUCCAUCAAACCCCGACCUACAGAUGAAUGGAAACAUCACAUUAAAGUGCUCUUUGUUCAGACUCAGUAGCCUCCCUUGUGACGAGAUAAGCAUCCGCUGGGUGGAUGACACAGGAACUGUGCUGCUUAAUAAAGUCAGAUACACUGGACGCACAUGCAUUUCACUUCUAACAGUGAAGCUUCACAGUGACCACAACAAACGAUACACCUGCCAGAUUGUUGAGGAAAACAAUGUGAAGAUGGAAACUCACUACACACCAGUCUUCAUAGACUUUAGAGAGUCCAUGGACCAGUCUCCGCUGAGCUAUGCCAUGUGGCAUCUUCGCAUGGCAGCACUGAUCCUAAUGAUUGUCAUCACUAUUUUAGUCAUCAGAUACACAGGAAACAGAAAGCUUCUUGAAGAGAGCAACGUCCAUUAUGUUGGUGACUGCGAUGAUGGCACAGUGAUCUAUGAAAAUGUGGCAAGUCUGGCUGACUCUGAACUGCAUUGA